CUAAAUGAGCUCGUGCAAGCCGUGAUGGAUAAUAAGAAGAAAGUUCACGCAUAUGUCCGUGUCAAACCCACCGAUGACUUUGCUCAUGAGAUGAUCACAUAUGGAGAUGACAACAAGACCAUCGGUAUUCACUUUAAGAAAGGCACAAGGAGAGAAGUUGUCAACCACCAGCAGACAGACUGGUUGUUCAAGCUGGACGGCGUUCUCCAUGAUGCCUCCCAGGACCUGGUCUACGAGACAGUCGCCCAGGAGGUGGUUUCCCAGGCCCUCGACGGCUAUAAUGGCACCAUCAUGUGUUAUGGGCAGACAGGAGCUGGCAAGACUUACACCAUGACGGGGGCAGCUAAGAAUUACAAGCACCGGGGGAUCCUCCCUCGUGCCCUGCAGCAGGUUUUUAGGAUGAUCAAAGAACGCCCCACACAUGCCAUCACCGUGAGUGUUUCCUACUUGGAAAUCUAUAACGAGAACCUCUUUGAUCUGUUGUCCACUCUGCCCUACGUGGAGCCUUCUGUCACACCAAUGACCAUCGUGGAAAAGCCUCAAGGAGUCUUCAUUAAGGGCUUGUCAGUCCACCUCACCAGUCAGGAGGAGGACGCACUCAGCUGCCUGUUUGAGGGAGAAACCAACAGGAUGGUAGCCUCCCACAUGAUGAACAAAAACUCAUCCAGGUCGCAUUGCAUUUUCACCAUCUACGUGGAGGCUCGUUCUUGGACCUUAUCAGAUGAAAAGUACAUCACUUCCAAAAUCAACCUGGUGGACCUGGCAGGCUCCGAGAGGCUGGGCAAGUCUGGGUCCGAUGGCCAAGUCCUAAAGGAAGCCACCUAUAUCAACAAGUCACUGUCGUUCCUGGAGCAGGCCAUCAUCGCCCUAGGGGACCAGAAGCGGGAUUACAUCCCCUUUCGACAGUGCAAGCUCACCCAUGCCCUGAAGGACUCGUUAGGGGGAAACUGCAACAUGGUCUUGGUGGCAAACAUCCACGGAGAAGCUGCCCAGUUGGAAGAAACGCUGUCCUCGCUGCGCUUCGCCAGCAGGAUGAAGCUAGUCACCACGGAGCCCGCCAUCAACGAAAAGUACGAUGCCGAGCGAAUGGUCAAGAACCUGGGGAAGGAAGUGGAGCUGCUAAAGCAAGAGUUGGCCAUCCAUGACAGCCUGGCUAACCGCACGCUCGUGACCUACGACCCCAUGAAUGAAAUGCAGAUCGCCGAGAUCAACUCCCAGGUGCGGAGGUACCUGGAGGGAACACUGGACGAGAUCGACAUCAUCAACCUCAGACAGAUCCAGGAGGUCUUCAACCAGUUCCGGGUGGUUCUGAGCCAACAGGAACAGGAAGUAGAAUCGGCUCUGCGCAGGAAGUUCACCCUCACAGACAAGAGCGACAGUACCGCCAUCUCCACUGUCCAGAAGUCAGGGCCCGGGACUGCUGACACUCAGCUGGUAGGUGAGCUGGAUGGAGAAGGCUUUGGACUUGGGAUUGCCCCUCUCUCUACCAAACCCGGAAAGAGAUCCAGGUUCAAGAAGAUGUUCAAAGCACAGCCCAGGACCUCAGCAAGAAAGAAGGGUACCAGCAACUCCGUGAGUGGCAAGGAACUGGAUGUCUCCCCCUCCAAGACCCAGGUGGUCCCAGGGGAUGGCAAAGACAUGGUUUUGCGGGACCAGGAGACCCCCAGCAUGGAGCGCCUUCCCUCAGACUCCCCAAAGGAGGAGUUACGCCCACCCAGACCCAGCACCCCACCCUCCAAGGCUGUGGCCUUUGAGGACUUUAAGAAGGAGCGAGGGAGCGUGAUCAACCGCAUCUUCAAAGAGAACAAGGCCAUCCUGAACGAGCGGAGCAGGAGAGCCAGCGAGGUGACACAGCGCAUCAACGCCAUCAAGAAGGAGAUCGACGAGACCGAGGAGGUGCUCGAGUUCCAGAAAUCACUAGGGGAGAAGCAAGGUGAGUACAAGGCCGAAGGAGUGCUGGUGGUGGACGAGGAGGAGUUCCAGCUGAUCCUGAGGCUCAAAGACCUCAAGAAGCAGUACCGCAGCGAGUACAAGGACCUGCUCGACCUCCGGGCCGAGAUCCAGUACUGCCAGCGCCUGGUGGACCAGUGUCGCCACCGCCUGCUCACAGAGUUUGACAUCUGGUACAACGAGUCCUUUGUCAUCCCUGUGGACGUGCAUCUGGCACUGAAGCUGGGUGGCAACAUCUGGCAGGGUAUGAUGCCCUCUGGCAGGAUCGCAUCUCUGGGAGAAGAUGAGCAGGACAAGUUGACCCAACUGCAGCAGACCGUCAUGCCCGAGGGCCCUGAUUCCAUCUCCUACAAUGCCAAAGUCAAGACAGAACAGAAGAAGCCAGUUAAGCCCUAGUGACCUGUGUGACAAGAGGAACCGGUGGCCACAGGCAAGUCCUGCACAAGAAUCCAGCAAAUGUAAAAGGAAAAGCAUGCCUGUAGUGCUUAGGAACACAAAAGUUGUCGUUAUAAAUGAGGUUUCAUGGCAAAAAAGGA